ACUAUCAGACCAGGUCCGGGGACUGGGGCUUCCUCAACGGCCUUGUUAGCAUUCUGCUGAUGAGAACAGCCUCAAGUUGAGGAAAUUGUGGCUGGAGCCUGAGAGCGAGGCAGUUCUGCUCCCCGUCACCCUCCUGCUGAUGGGUAGCUGCUGAGCCUGUGCAAGGCAGAGCAUCUGGUGGGAGACGAGCCGAGGGACCCCUCUGUCCUGUGGGGAUGUUGGGGCAAGCACUGGCCCUCAUACUCCUCCUGGUCGUCAAGAGCCAUCAGGGCCAAGGUUUUGCUGAACAUGUGGUUGGAAUCUCAGGAGAUUCUGUCUGGUUACGGCCCCCCAGCAUACAGACAAAAUUAUACUCUGUUAAAUGGAAGAUGCAGCCACACUCAAGUUCAAGCUUUUUUCGGAUACUGCUUUGGAAGAAUGGUUCUGCUCCGAGUUACGUAGAGGAGUCUUCAAAUUUGACUUUGAAUCAUCUCAAGGAUAGGCUCACUUUUACAACUGAAGACUUAACUCUUCUCAUCAAGGCAGCUCAGCCAUGGGACAGCGGCCUCUACUGCUUGGAGAUCACCAAUGACUCUGGGAAGAUUUGGAAAUUCGAGUUCCAGGUUUCUGUAUUUGAUCAUGUUGAGAAGCCCCACCUGCAGGAGCAGUGGAAGACACUGGACAGAGGGGUAUGCCAAGUGACUCUGUCCUGCUCUGUCUCCAGAGGUGAUAAUAUAAGCUAUGCUUGGUACAAAGGGGGUGAGCUGAUACAGACACCCAGGAACCUUACCAAGCUAGAGGAGCAGAUUGAUGACAAUGGCUUGCACAUAUAUACCUGCAACGUCAGCAAUCCUGUCAGCUGGGCAAACCACACCCUUCACCUCACCCAGGGCUGUCUGAAGGCCUAUCAGAAUAUCAUCUUUCUGUCCAUUUUGGUGAGCACUGGGACUCUCCUAAUGGCAUUGUUCCUGGGCACCCUCACCUGCUUCUGUGUGAGGAGGAGAAAGAGGAAGCAGUCACAGACCAGCCCAGAGGAAUUCCUGACAAUCUAUGAAGAUGUCAACAACGGGCAAGCCAGGAGAAUUCAAGAGCAGAACUCUCCUGGAGAAGGGACCACUAUCUACUCCAUGAUCCAGUUGCAGUCUUCUGUUCCCACAUCCAGAGAAACUGCAAAUACAUUGUAUUCAUUUGUACAGUCUUCCGGGAAGGCUGGAUCCACGAAGAAGAAUCAUAACCCUUCCUUCAGUAAAACUAUUUAUCAAGAGGUAAGAUCACGGAACUCCUUCUGGAUGAGGUUGGACAGAGAGCAUCCAAAUCUGAAAACCCUGUUCGAUUGAGCCGCAGGGAGCUGGAGAACUUCUGCAUAUAUUCUUAAUUGCUGCAGCUGUUCCCACCUCUCCUGUAGCCUAGCUUCUGCUUUGGAUAUCAGCACAAUGGAUGUACCACCUGACUCUCUGCAGAACGGGUCCUAGUCUGCAGAGGCUAUGAGAGUUUGUUCAUGGUCUGUAUUUUGUUUUUGAAAAUGCCAUCUAACAGCCAUUAGAAGAGCAAGGCUGUUAGAGAAUAUCCUGACUUACAGACCGGACAAGAAUGGGGAGAGAUGGUGAAUAGUUUCCAAAAGAUCAUAUGGCAAAUGCAGAUACAGGUAAUCUUUCAAGUGCUAUGUAUUAUUAGCACUGAGAUUCCCUUCCCCUGAUUUCCUAAUCUGUUACUCAUCUUCCCUCCUCCCUAAUCAAGGAUGUUCACAUUUCUAGAUCCUUCCCUUGCCUCAGCCCAUCUUCUAAAGAGGAAGGAAAGAUAAUGGGGACUCAAAGGAGGAGAAAUAGCCCCCUCUAUGAGGGUGAUCUCCUGAUAAUCUGGUAGUGGGACCAGCUUUAUCUACAGUGUGAUACUUGAUUCACAAAAGCACGUUAUGAAAAAUCUAUUGGCUUAUUCGCAAAUUCUUGGCCAUUAGAAACAAUAUUGAAUUUAAAUUCUGAGUCCUGAUGUUCCUCAUGGCACGUGCUGGAGGGAGGGCUCAGGCAGCUGAGUCAUAGGGAACUAGGCACAGUGCUGGGAUCCUCUGAGUCUUCAGGCCAAACCCUUCCACAAGGCUGUGGGGAGCAGGCUGAGACUCUGGCUGAGCCUAGGAAACUGGAAGAGGUCCUACAUAGGGACCCUAGCAGGUGAUAUUGCAUGGAACCUGGUUCUUCAGUUGCCCUACUCUAUAUUUAAGGUAUGAAUUUAAUAUAAACCCAUUUUGUUGUUUGGAGGCUGUCUAAAUUUCUUUUAUGUAUUAAAUAUAUGUGUCUCCUCUCUGUACUAUACUUGUGGGCCACCAAUAAAGACAUGUGUAUUUAACUCCCA